AUGUCUACUCAAAAGAUUACUUUCUGCUUGAACUGGCAAGCUGCACCUUACCACAUUCCUGUCUACUUGGCUAAAACCAAGAACUACUUUGCAGAUGAAGGUUUAGAUAUCGCUAUUCUUGAACCUUCAAAUCCUUCUGAUGUCACUGAAUUAAUUGGUUCAGGAAAAGUUGACAUGGGUCUCAAGGCAAUGAUCCAUACUUUGGCCGCAAAGGCAAGAGGUUUCCCCGUAACAUCUGUUGCUUCUUUGCUCGACGAACCUUUUACCGGUGUUUUGUACUUGAAGUCAAGUGGUAUCACCAACGAUUUCCAAUCCAUCAAGGGCAAGAAAAUCGGUUAUGUUGGAGAGUUUGGAAAGAUCCAAUUAGAUGAAUUAACCAAAUACCACGGCUUAACGAAGGAGGACUAUACUGCUGUAAGAUGUGGCAUGAAUGUUGCCAAGUAUAUCAUCGAAGGCAAAAUUGAUGGUGGAAUUGGUAUUGAAUGUAUGCAACAGGUUGAAUUGGAACAAUACUGCAAGGAUGCUGGGCUUCCAGAAAGUGAUGUUCAGAUGAUGAGAAUCGACAGAGUAGCAUGCCUAGGCUGCUGUUGUUUCUGUUCCAUUUGUUACAUUUGUAAUGAUGAAUUUUUGUCUGCCAAUCCUGAAAAGAUCAAAGCAUUCUUAAGAGCAAUCAAAAGAGCAACCAAUGAUGUUAUCUCCAACCCAGAACAGUCUUGGAAAGAGUACGUUGACUUUAAGCCUCAAUUGAAUAAUGACUUAUCUUACAAGCAAUACCAAAGAUGUUUUGCUUACUUCUCUGCCUCUUUGUUCAAUGUUCACAGAGACUGGAACAAGGUCACUAAUUAUGGUAAAAGAUUGGACAUCUUGCCGGCUGACUAUGUGCCAAAUUAUACCAACGAGUACGUUCCAGGGUCUGAACCAAAAGAGGUCGAUGAUCCGCUUGAAGCACAGAGAUUGAUGGCAAUCCACCAAGAAAACUGUAAACUUAAUGGUGGUUUUUUGAGAUUGGCCAUCAACUCAUAA